UCGGUACUGUCUGUGUCAGCGAUGCUGCGGCGGUGGAUCUGCAUGUUGUUCAGUACGUGUGGUGACCUAACGACUGUUGGGCAGCUCCUGGGUGUUCUCGCAUGUUUUUCUCAGACGCCUUUCGCGGCCUGUUUGCUGUAGAACAUCUUUUAAAAGGAAGAAACUGCAAAUAUACCUUUUGUUGUCGUCCUCGUUGGCCUUUUCUAUCUAAUUGCACUUGGGCACCUCGAGGACUACAUGGGUUUAACAGAUACUGCACUUCAUGCUAUAUGAACAGAUUGGAUACUCUGGGACAAUGUAUUUUUCCUUCAUACCACCACACGAUGGCGUAUAUUGUUGGUGAAGCACCAGCAGGAAUAUACAGAGUGAGCUGUAUAACCCCAGAGUCUGAGCAUCUGCCCCGCUGGAGAGCCAAUAAGGGAGAAAGUGGAAAUCCAGCCGCACAGAGCCCAGCUUGAAUUUUGAGGACUGCAAAGAAAAAGAAAAAAAAUUGAAUUUCUCUGCUGGGAAUUAAUAACACUACAUCUUAAGAGUCCUCCAACAGCCCAGGUGACGGAGCGCACUUCGGCCGAAGGGAUGCAGCCUCUCAUCACCUCCCAACACACGGACAGCAGAGGUCGGAGCCGCCGCAGCGCGCCACGGCUGCACCGUCGCUGAAGAAGACCACCACCACCACCACCACCACCCCCCCCCCCCCCCUCACCAGCGGCGGGGGAACGGAGAGAACCUGCAGGACUUCACAUCAAAAGGAUAUAACUUCUCGUUUUUGUUUUUUUCAAACUUCAUCUCUUUUUCUUUCUUUUUCUCUCCAAACCGCAAGAGCGCAGCAAACGCGGUGUUCAAUGCGCAACCAUGCUCAUCAUCUCCUCCCGCAGCGCGCUGCUGUCCGUCUACUACCCGCAGAUCUUCCUCAUCCUCACCAGCGGUAGCUACCUGGCGCUGUCCUCCGUGGUCGCUCUGGGCGCGAACAUCAUCUGCAACAAGAUCCCGGGACUGGCGCCCCGUCAGAGGGCCCUCUGUCAGACGCGGCCCGACGCCAUCAUCAUCAUCGGCGAGGGCGCCCAGCUGGGCAUCAACGAAUGCCAGUACCAGUUCCGGUAUGGCCGGUGGAACUGCUCGGCCCUGGGCGAGAGGACCGUGUUCGGACAAGAGCUGAGAGUAGGCAGCAGGGAGGCAGCGUUCACUUACGCCAUCACUGCGGCCGGAGUCGCCCAUGCAGUGACUGCAGCCUGUAGCCAGGGCAACCUGAGCCAGUGCGGCUGUGACCGCGAGAAGCAGGGCUACCACGACCAGGAGGAGGGCUGGAAGUGGGGCGGCUGCUCGGCCGACGUCAAGUACGGAGUGGAGUUCUCGCGGCGCUUCGUGGACGCCCGGGAGAUCAAGAAGAACGCCCGGCGGCUCAUGAACCUGCACAACAAUGAGGCAGGGCGAAAGAUCCUCGAGGAGAGGAUGAAGCUCGAGUGCAAGUGUCACGGCGUCUCCGGCUCGUGCACCACCAAGACGUGCUGGAUCACCCUGCCCAAGUUCAGAGAGAUCGGCUACCUGCUGAAGGAGCGCUACAGCGCCGCAGUUCAAGUGGAGCCCGUCCGGGCCUCGCGGCUCCGCCAGCCGUCCUUCCUGCGCCUCAAAGAGGCCCGGGGCUACCAGAAGCCCACGGACACGGACCUGGUCUACCUUGAGCACUCGCCCAACUACUGCGAGGAGGACGCGGCGACGGGGAGCAUGGGGACGAGGGGCCGCCUGUGCAACGGCACCUCGACCCACGCGGACAGCUGCAACGUGAUCUGCUGCGGCCGGGGCUACGACACGCACCACUACACGCGCGUCUGGCAGUGCAACUGCAAGUUCCACUGGUGCUGUUUCGUCAAGUGCAACACCUGCAGCGAGAGAUCGGAGGUCUUCACCUGCAAGUAGGGAACAGGAGAAGCGGGACGGCGGGGCGAGGGAUGGGAGAACGGACAAGGGCCGAAGAGGUAAGGGCAUAUGACGAAAGUUGGAAUUCGAAGUGAAGGACUUGGAAGUAUUUAUUCGACAUUUUGCACAUUUUGACAUCCUAUUUGGAAUUCUCCGAAGAAAGGAGAGACAGGUGUGAAAUGGAACACAAGGUUCUAGACACCUGCAUUUCAGAGACAUAUUGCAGCAGAAUGGAUUUGGAUCUUCUACUUUUCACCUUCCGGCAAAGCAAAUAUUUUUUGAAGACAACGUCUCGCAAAAAAAAUGCAGCUCCCAGAUGUUACGGCACAAGAGGGGGAAAAAAAAACGCAGCGAGGACUCUUGUCGGAUCUGGAGAAGCACGGGACACGCGCGAAGCGGAAGUGCUGCAGUACUGCCACGGAAAGAAGACGGACACUGAGAGGUGGCAGUGGAAUAUACGUUUUGACUGUACGCUCACACUGUAUUUCUGUUUGAACACUGAAAAUAAAAACAAGAUUAUUUAUGUUAAAGAAAAAAAUAAUGAUCAAAACUUCCAAACUGAAGCCCUAACCCUCUGAUAGCAAAUUCAACUGUGCUGUUUUUUUCUUCCCUUUUUUUUGAUCCCCGGUUGCUGCUGAUAUGUUUCAGGCUUGGAUUCACAUUUUCAGCUAAAUCCCUUUUUUUUCCCCCAUUCACAUUAUCAGUGGUCGGUACUUUGCUGUAUAUUAAGUGUUUUUCUUUUGCACUCACACAGUCACAUUUCUUCCCCUCUCUUUUUUCUCCAUUGGACAUUAAGUAAUUAGUGGGGCUGGUGCUGUGUUGAGCUCUCUCUCUCUCUCUCUCUCUCUCAUGGACAUAUUCCCACCAGGGGCCAGACCCUUUGUUACGCCAAAGAGGACAACAGAAACCACCGACAGACUAUUUUAAGCAUGCAACUUGUCAGUUGCAGCAGCAAAAAAUCCUGACAGCGUUCAUUAUAUUGGUUGUUUUUUUUGGGGAGGGCUCUCGACUUCUGAAAGAAAAGCGCGUCGGCCUCGGCGGAGCUCCGUCAAGGUGCAAUCACGUUCGGACACAUCCAACAUUCCCGUGAACGACGGAGACGGCCUCUGCUUACACAAGGCCUUCCAGCGCGGUUUAGGCCUGCCUGGGUGGAUGGCAUGUGCCCCGACCACACGGAGGGGGGGGAUCAAAGGCCCCCUUUCAAAGCUAUUUUUGGACCCCACCCUUAAUGUGUUCAGAAAUGUUUAUUUAGGCUUUAUAUAACUUACAAAACAAUUUGAAGAGUAUAUUUUUAUAUGAGGAACGUGGCACUUUAUGUCAUUUGUAGAUGGGGAAACAAAAGUCGCUAUUUAAUGUCGUUGUGAUCAGAGUUUAUAGCUAUAAGUUAUUUGGAAAUUUGUGUCUUUGAUCGAGGUUCCUGAAAUUGUAAAUACUCCUUGUGUGUUUUUAUCCGAGUGGCCCAGACAGUCCAUCUCGAUGCGACCCGUCACAAUUCAAAGUCGCUCGUAGGUGGAAAAAUCCAAUGAAUCUCGUGGAGACCGCUGUAUACGAUUAAAUACGUGGAAGUUGCUGGUAGAUAGAACAUUGGAAGUUUUGGAGAUUUCUGUUUCCAGUUGUCUUUAUGGAGCUAAAAGUGUAGUUAUAACUUGAAACACGGCUAAAUUAAGUUUAUUGUUCUGUGGCUAAAACAAAGUCUGCAUCACUUACAAAUAUGGACAGAUUUUUCAUUUUUUUUCUUUUUUUACCAAUAAAAUCUGAGUAUCCUUUUCACGCCUUUUUGGGUUUCAUGUCACAUCUGGCCUUAUUAAAAUCAU